CCGCCCCGACGAGUAUUCAAUCUGCGACGACCACCUCACCUUGACAACCCUCUUGCCGAUCGCCAUCGCAAGCUUCAUCAACUCGUCGUACACCAGGGAAACCUUACAUAUUCAAUAUGGCGGACGCUAUUUCGAAGGAGAUUCCGCUCAACGCGGUGCAGGUGGAGGCUUUGGUUGUCAUGAAGAUCGUCAAGCACUGCGCAGCUGCGUUCCCCACGACCGCAACAGGCUCCAUCGUCGGCAUGGACAAGAACAGCACCCUCGAGGUCACCAACAGCUUCCCCUUCCCUACCACAGAUAUCGUCCAAUCCGACUCGUCGCACCAGAGCCAGAACGACCACCUAAAUGCGUCGAAUGCGGCGGCAGCGGCACCGCGCGCCAAGGCCAACGUGGUUUACCAGAACGAGAUGAUCAAGUACCUGCGUGAGGUCAACGUGGACGCCAACAACGUUGGGUGGUACACGAGCGCGAAUAUGGGCAGCUUCAUUAACUUGAACCUGAUCGAGAACCAGUACUUCUACCAGAAGGAGGUUAACGAGCGCACUGUAUGCUUGGUACACGAUGUGUCGAGGAGCGCACAGGGGGCACUGAGCCUGCGUGCUUUCAGACUCUCGCCUACGUUUAUGGCGGCCUAUAAGGAAGGUGUUGCCAGGUUCACAACCGAGAGCCUCCAGAAGUCCAAGAUGACCUACAAGGAUAUCCUUGUUGAGCUCCCCCUUAUCGUCCACAACUCCCACCUUUUGACUUCUUUCCUACAUCAACUACCGGCAGUCCCAUCCGCUGAGCUUGAGUUCCCCACCAGCUUGGCAGACAUUAAGGGUCUCAACCCAGAGAUCCCAUUAUAUCCAGCAUACGAGACCACUCUUGAUAUGUCGAUUGACCCAUUCUUGGAAAAGUCGUGCGACCUGCUUUUGGACGCUGUUGAGAGCCACUACACCGAAUUGAACAACUUCCAAUACUACCAAAGACAACUUGCCCGUGAACAAACCAAGGUCACCGCUUGGCAAACAAAGAGGAAGGCCGAGAACGCUGGACGAGUUGCGGCUGGCCAGGCGCCGCUCCCGGAAGACGACUGGAAGACCCUUUUCAAGCUGCCAACCGAGCCAUCUCGUCUCGAGUCGAUGCUCUUAGCUCGCCAGGUCGAGCAGUACGGACGCACCGUCGACAACUUCACCGCCACCAUCAGCGCAAAGAUGUUCCUUUCUAAAGAUACCCUGCUUCCUGGAGAGUCAUCCUAGGCUAACUUAGGGGGGUUUUGUGUGAUGAUAGGGGGGCAUGGAUGGGGAACGGGGAACGCGAGAUAAUGAUCUGCUCGUUUGGGGGAUUUGCAUGGCAAUGGCGUUCGACGGCAUAGAACAAGCUGUGUAUAGUAUUUGCCCUAUUACAGCCAUAAAAGAAGAUUCAAAACUAUAUUAAGCAGCUGCCUUUUCGGGGACUUGCGAAGUGAAGUACGGAGUAGCAGUGGAAUAUCUAGGAACCGCACCUUCUUCGACCACGCUAGUAACACACAUAUUUUGUUGUUUUCGCCAAGGAUAACAUCGGAAUACGCUGCGUGGGGAGCGAGGGGUUUGUCAUAUCACUUGUUCGGGGAGUUCUGGCGCCCUUCCUAGAAACCCGAUGCGGGCUGGGAGCCAAUCAUAUAGUCGAGACAGGCCACACAAGGUUUCCAGCACAGUAUGCCCCGCAGCAAAACUGUUACAGUGUACUCUAAUGUGGUGAAUCAAAUGGAAGUCGCAGCUUCGGUGCAACCCGUCUAGUUUGUAAAGGCAGCAGGGUUACGUUGGGAAGGAAAACGUGUGUAGAGAUCUCAGACCACAAGUUCCCCGAUCGUAGUCGUCCUACAUCUAUACUAUAC